AUGAAUCUCGCGACAAGUAUGUUUCGAUCUGUCCGCCCAGCCUUGAAGAUUCCUUUCAUCCGACCCCUGCAGCCCGUUCGCUGGGCCCGAUUCCAGGCAUAUGAGGCAGAUUUCGAUCCUGAAGAAUUGGAAAAGGCAAGAUCAUGGCACAGGUCCUUUAACGGCAGCCAACUUCCCAAGGGGCAAACAAGCUUUGCUCGCUCGAGCGGCCCUGGUGGUCAGCACGUCAAUAAAACUGAGAGCAAAGCAGUCACAGUUUGGCCUAUCAAGGACAUCUUACCAGUCUUGCCCAAGCUACUGCACCAAGGCAUCAGGGAAUCAAAGUAUUAUACGGCCAGGUCGGAUUCUCUGACAUUCCAAGCCCAGACGCACCGCCAGAGAGAGGCCAACUCGGAGGAGAACCAGCAAAAGCUCGUUGACGAGAUCAAGAGGAUAUACCAAGAGACAGUCCCUGGCGAAACAAGCCCCGACAAGAAAAAGAAGCAUGCGGAAAUAGCAAAGUCUUUCAACGAGGGGCGCCUGAGACAGAAGAAACAGCUGAGCUCUAAGAAGCAGAAUCGACGCUCUUCUUUCGACUGA